AUGGUUUUCAAGGAAAGCUUUUGGACAUUGAGCUUUGACGGAGCAGCAGCUGGAGGGAAAGGUGGAACCGAAAUAGUCCUUACAAGAAAAAGUGGAGAAAAAUUGUAUUUGUCUUAUAAACUAGACUUUCAUUGUUCGAAUAACGAAGCCGAGUAUGAGGCUCUUAUUUGGGGCUUGAUAGCAGCUGAGAAACACAGUAUCAAAAAGAUUCAAAUUCAAGGGGACUCGAAGCUGAUAGUGAAGCAAGUUUCGAGACAGUUCGUCUUAAAAGAGCCUGUCUUGGCUACAUACCGCACGACAAUCCAAAGGCUUCUUGACAAAUUUCAGAAGUUCGAAAUAGAGCAUGUGCCUCACUCCGACAACAAGUUUUCAGAUGCCUUCACAACACUAGGGGUAAGAGUUGACAUUCCCGAGGAAGAGGUGACAAUCGUUAUCAAAAAGAGAACAGAGCCUUCAAUAAUUCUCGAGAACAAAGACCUUCCAAAGGAUUUGAGAGAAAAAAUCCUCGAAUGA